AUGGGGGCUGUGCAGCCCCCCGGCAUGCCUGGCCCCCCGGCAUGCACAGCCCCCCGGCAUCCACAGCCCCCUGUCAUGCCUAGCCCCUCGGCAUCCACAGCCCCCCGGCAUGCCUGGCCCCCCGGCAUGCACAGCCCCCCGGCAUGCACAGCCCCCCGGCAUGAACAGCCCCCUGGCAUGCCUAGCCCCCCGGCAUGCACAGCCCCCCGGCAUCCACAGCCCCCCGGCAUGCACAGCCCCCUGGCAUGCACAGCCCCCGGCAUGCCUGCCCCCCCCCCGGCAUGCACAGCCCCCGGCAUGCACAGCCCCCUGGCAUGCAAAGCCCCCCGGCAUGCACAGCCCCCCGGCAUGCACAGCCCCCGGCCUGAACAGCCCCCGGCAUGCACAGCCCCCCGGCCUGAACAGCCCCCCGGCAUGCACAGCCCCCCCCACAUGCACAGCCCCCCGGCAUGCACUGCCCUCCGGCCUGCACAGUUCCCCGGAAUGCACAGUUUCCCGGCAUGCACAUCCCCCCGGAAUGCACAGCCCCCCGGCAUGCACAGCCCCCCGGCAUGCACAGCGCCCCAGCAUGCACGGUCCCCGGCAUGCAGAGCCCCCUGGCAUGCACAGCCCUCGGCAUGCACAGUUCCCAGCAUGCACAGCCCCCUGGCAUGCACAGCACCCGGCAUACACAACCCUUGGCAUGCACAGCCCCAGGCAUGUGCAGCUCCCGGCAUGCACAGCCCCCGGCAUGCACAGCAUUCCCCCACCCAGGCAUGCACAGCCCCCCGGCAUACACAGCCCCUGGCAUGCACAGCCCCCGGCAUGCACAGCCCCCGGCAUGCUCAGCCCCCGGCAUGCACAGUCUCCAGCAUACACAGCUCCCCGACAUGUGCAGCCCCCCCAGCAUGCACAUACCUCGGCAUGCACAGCCCCCCCCGGCAUGCACAUACCUCGGCAUGCACAGACCCCCGACAUGUGCAGCCCCCGGCAUGCACAGCCCCCGGUAUGCACAUACCUCGGCAUGCACAUCUCCCUCGGCACUUACAGCCCUAG